CGAUCAAUCAGUGAUCGAUAACAAUCACUAAUCAAUCAAUAAUGUAUCGAUUAUUUGUAAUUAAAUUUUUUAUUUUAAUCUUUAUUUGUCAAUUAAAUAAUUGCCGUAUACAUCAUUUAAAAUUACAUAAUGAUAUACGAAGAUAUUUUCCAAUAUCAACAUUUGGUUAUUAUACAGGUGGCCAAUUGGAAGUUACUAUUAAUAGUUUUCGUUAUCAUCCAAAUGAUUUGGAUGAAACGGCUAUUUCGGGAAAAUUUGGUUUUUCAUUAACACGUACCAUGAGUAAUAAUAUAUCACCUUAUAUUGAUGGCCAAUAUAGUCAAUUAAGCUGUACGCUUAAUCAAGAUAUGGAUUAUUUUCAAAACGACAUAGGUGUUAUUAUGAUGAAAUUUGAUAUUAAAAAUAAUAGUGUCCUGCUACAAUGUAAUUCCGAUCUCAAUAAAUUGAGUAUAUUUUCAUCCGAACAUUUGAUUGCAAAACGUUCGAUUGAUUCGGCCAAUGUAAAUAAUGCUGAUGACAAUAAAUCCAAGCAGUUGACUGAAAAUGUUCAACAGCCGAAAAUUGAAAAGAUAAUGCCGUCCGAUGAUACAAAAAUUCCCAAUGUUGUCGAUAAUAGUGAAAAUUCUGCUGCCAUCAUUCCUUUGGUGGACAAAGUGGAUAAAAAUGAUAAAAAUGUACCACCACUGCAACAACAACCAUUACCGCAUGAAAUUGAAUCGAAAAAAAAUCUUCAAGAAUCAUCAUCGAAUGAAUUAUCAAAAAUUGAUAAUUUAGAUUCGUUGGCGGCUGUUGAUCAACAAUCAGCAAUAACAACGACAACAAAUCCAUAUCAAUGUUUAACCAAUUCAUUUGAAAUGAAACGUUUAGGUAAUGUUCAUGAUGGUAGUUUAGAAUUUAAUUUCAAGUUCAAAGUUUUUAUUGCUGAUCCAAAAUAUGAAGGUUUAUAUUCAUUACAUUUUCAUAAUUGCCUUAAUUAUCCAAAAUCCAUUCAAGAUAUAAAUAAUCAAUAUGAUACAUCAAUUGAUUUGGAUAUAAAAAUUAUUGAAAAUAAUUUAGAUAAUUAUUUAUCGGCUGGUGAAAUACCAUUACCACAAUUAUAUUUUGCAUUAUCCAUUAUAUUUUUUAUAAUGGGUACAAUAUGGUUUGUAUCGAUACGUUCACGUUGGGAAGAAACAUUUAAAAUUCAUUAUUUAAUGGGUGUAUUGGUUUUUGUUAAAGCAUUGUCGUUGCUUUUUCAUAGUAUCAAUUAUCAUUUUAUUGCAAAAGAAGGAUCACAAGUUGAAACAUGGGCCGUUUUAUAUUAUAUAACACAUUUUCUAAAAGGUGCAUUAUUAUUUAUCACUAUUGUUUUGAUUGGUACCGGUUGGGCAUUUAUCAAACAUAUUCUUAAUGAUAAGGAUAAAAAAAUUUUUAUGGUUGUCAUUCCAUUACAGGUAAUAGCGAAUAUUGCUGAUAUAAUUACCGAAGAAAGUGAAGAAGGUGCCCUAAUACAUACAGUUUGGCGUGAAAUAUUCAUACUUGUUGAUAUGAUUUGUUGUGGUGCAAUACUGUUUCCAGUUAUUUGGUCAAUAAGACAUUUGCAUGAAGCAUCAGCAACUGAUGGAAAAGCAGCUAUAAAUCUAAAAAAAUUACAAUUAUUUCGUUUUUUCUAUGUAAUGAUUGUAUUUUAUAUAUAUUUUACACGGAUUAUUGUCUAUCUGGUCAAAAUAACUGUACCAUUUAAUUUGGAAUGGUUGGCACAAUUAUUUCAACAUUUAGCAACAUUAAUAUUUUUUCUAUUGACUGGUUAUCAUUUUCAACCAAUAACAACAAAUCCAUAUUAUCAAUUAUUACAGGAUGAUAUUGAAAUGGAUGAAGAAGUUUUAUUCAUCCAACCAAAUACGUUUAGCGAAGCAAAAAAACGUAAUCGUGAUCUUGAAUCGGGUGAUUUAAAAAAUUUAUUAAAUACAAAUUCUAAUACAUAUGAUUAUGAUUGAGAUGAUAAAUAAUUUUGUUGCUUCUGUUCUGUUGUUUGAAACACAAUGAUCCUUGAUAAUCACAAUCAACCUAUUCGAAUCAAUUUUUGCCAUUAUUUUUUUUU